GGCUCCAUCUUUACCCUCUCACUGUGUCAGGGGGAGCUGGGCUGAUGGAGUCAGGGGGAGCACAGGGGCCCAAAGCAGGCUCCUACUGCCUGCUCGCUCCAGGGCCCUGUUUCCUGGAUGAAGAGGAGGAUGUGGAGAUCAAUGGGAUCAGACCCAAGUGCUCCCCUCUCCCCAAGAGAAGGAGCUCAGAGUCUCUGGAUGUUUGUCAACCCCCUCCCUCCAGCACCAGGAGGGUGUCCUUUGCUGACGCCUUUGGUUUGAGUCUGGUGUCUGUGAAGCAAUUCAGCGGCUGGGACGUGACUGAUUGUUCGGGGGACUUUCUGGUGGGGAACACUGAAGACAGAGACUCAUAUUUGCUUUCCUCUCCGUUUCCCACUCCACUGUCCCGUGAGGAGCUUCUCAAGAGGGUCGAGGAACAGAAGCUGGAGUUGGAGAGUCUCACGUUACUCCCUGGAACGACCACACUGAGGGGGGUUGUUCGAGUGCUGAACAUUUGUUACAGUAAGACGGUGUAUGUGCGUAUGUCUCUCGAUCUGUGGAAAAGCCACUUUGAUUUGCUGGCUGAGCACGUCCCUGGGUCCACUGAGGAAAGGACAGACUUGUUCUCUUUCAAGCACACGCUAGUGCCUCAGACCAGCAGUGACGGGACGAGACUAGACUUCUGUCUGCGAUACGAGACAGAGCUGGGGACCUUCUGGGCAAACAAUGAUGGAAAUAAUUAUGUAGUGUUUUGCCACAAAGACACGGAAGUGCCUGAACAAAAGGAUAUUGGCAUAAAGGAGAAUAAACUACUCAAGAAAAGCUGCCUGAAAGCUCCAAGCCAAAGUAAAUUUUCCAGCAUGAAUCCAAGCACAAACGAAAUCCCAGAUGAGCUCAGUCCAGGGGAUGACUCUUCUGUCAAACAGCCUCUGGAGGCGCCAACAGUAACACAAAACAGAACUGACCAGAAGGAAAAGUUACAGGAGGAAAAGAAACACAACUCUAGACGGAGAAGACACCGAAGAGCUGCAAAACUGGCCUCAAUACAAGACCACUUUUCCAAGGCAGAGACAGACACACAAUAUGAGCAGGAAAGAAUGCAGCAGACAUUAGAUGAUGACAAACCUCCACUUCAGAACGAACAAACGGACACUCCAGCAGCAGCGUAUUUAGACGACAGGGGAAGCACAUCAACACCAGGAGCAGAACUGUGCAGCGAUGCCACGUCCUGUUCCCAAGACCUGGCAACUAAACAGGACUCUGAUGUUGAUCGAACUAGUGAAAUGGACUGGAUAUCAAAAGAGAAUGACAAACACGCCAUUUCAAACGAUGUGGAGGAAAUCAAAAUAAAGGAAACUGCUUCAGGAUCUGACAAAUCUGACAUAAAAGACAAACAAUCAAGUAAUUUGGAUGGACCUUUCGGAGAGCAUAUCACAGACACACUCAAGGAGAACAGCACAAAAGAUAGCACAGAUCUCAGUCAGAGCAGUCUCUACACUUUUGAGACUGUUGUGGCCCCGUUGUACCAUGAGGUAUUUACAAGGAUGACAAGGGUGACUGAGAUGGAACUGAAAGAUCAAUCAAAACAUGAGAAAGUGGAUGAACUAAACACCCUAGCUGGAACACAGAAAGGUUGUCCCCUUGUGAUGAAAACAAUUCCAAAUAUUUCAGAACAUAAAAACAUGAAUAAUUUACAGACCUCAAAUGACAAAAAAGAAAACUCCAAUUUAGGUCAAAAUGACUAUCAAAUCUGUCGAAGACCUAACACCAAACAGGAAGAGCUAGUUUGUGAAAAAACAUCAACAUUAUGCCUUCCACAAAAGAAAGAACUGUCCCAGGACACUGGUAGCAAUCAACAAAAAUAUUCACUUCAUGAAACUCCAAAUACUCUAGAUGUGCAAAAACAUGCCCAGCCACUUUCUUGUCACCUCAAAAUUGUGAAUCAACCAUCAGCUGACUCCAUCCUGGGUAAACAAAGUUAUACACCAACGAGUUCCAAGACAGCAAACACAGAUACAGAGCAUAUUCAGUCGCACAUGAACAUAACAUGCUGUCGUUCUGUAACUCCUUUAGAGAAUGUAGAAUAUGAGAUAAAAACAAGCAUGGAGGUUCAGCCACAAGAUUCACAAGACUCAGAUGGGAAGCUCUCUGGGCCCAUGGAUGACAGAUUUACGCAUGGUCCUCACUCCCCCCAAACUACUCAAGGUCCAGCUGUAUGUCCAGAGGGCAGAGAGAAUGCUGAUGGGACAGAAGAGGAUCCUAACAAGGAGGAUCCUUUACAAAUACAGUCUGACAACUUAACAGCUCUAUGUGACAUUAAAAGCACUUCCCAAGACAUGGCGCAGAUCCAGAUGCUAACUCUGGAGGAUUCUGGGAGCGUGCAAACUCAAACCCUAGAAGACAAACUCUCCACCUCUCCACACACUCCAGACACAGUUGUAACUGUCCAAAACAAUGAUCUUCAAAUGUCAGACCUCACACCUACACAGAUGCCUGAGAAAACACUGGGACAUAGUGCAGAAGGAAACCUGCAGGAGACAUCUAGAACAGCAGAAAACUCUCUAAAUCUCCAUGCAGAAAAAUGUCAAAUAGAACUAAAAUGUGAUCUAGCAGAAAACAAUGACAGAAGAGAGCCAUGUCUUUAUGUGAGUCCAGACGUGGAGGUAACACAUGGAUCUCCCACAGCCCUCCUGCAGUUAUCAUGUCCCUGUGAAGUGUCUGAGAACAUUACUACUGACCUAUUUACAACAUCUUCCAACUCCACUGAGUGCAAAGAUAUCCAGGGUGAGUUGGAUGAGGCUCAACUACAAGGGAAUAAUAAUGGAGAGACUGAAACACUGAAUGAUGUUCACACGGGUGACAGCAGAGAUAAUGAAGAAACUGAACUGGGGAUUCCUGAUGGGACUGGACAUGGUUGUGGUGACAUGAAGUUGGAACAAUUAGAGAGCAUGCCAUAUUCCUCAAAUAACACUCUUUUGCCAAUCAACCUUCAAGAAAGUUCAGUCUCUGUUGAAUUCCAAGGCCAAGAGGACCCAACUCUAACACCAACGUCAAAUAAAGAUGAAAUAAUAUCAGUCAAAACGCAAGGAACAACAAACAUCCAACUACUGCAUACCUCAGACAUAGAGAGUACUAUGGAGAAGAACCAAAUGCAGGCUGACAAUGACCUCAGCAUCUUAGAAUCUGACGUAAGGUGUAUGCAAACUACAGGUCACCUGGAUACCACAUAUGUCCAGGCUAAUGGUAAAAAAGACACAUUCAGUGAAAGACAUGAGGAAUCUACUCUACCAGUCACUAGUAAACACACUGAAGAAGGACAAAGACCUGAGGAAAACAUAUCAGUACCAUCUUCAGAAGAAGAAAUGACAAGAAUCCCACCUGAACAACACAGAGCAGAGUGUGCAGAUGCCCCUGGUGAGGUGGAUUCGGCUGAACUCCAUGAGAAUAAUGACGGAGACACUGAGACAAUGAAUGCUUUCCAUGAGUGUGACAGCAGAGGUAAUGAGGCAACUGAACUGGCCAUCCCUGACUUAGGUAGUCAGUGUUUUGAAGGACAAAAUCCUAAUGAUUAUGGUGAGAUAAAGUUGGAACAACUGGAGAGCAAUUUUAAGGAGAUACCACAUUCACCAAAUAACAGUCUUGCAGUCGCCUUUCAAGAGAGCUCGGUCGCUAUUGAGACCCAAGGCCAAGAGGGCCCAACUCUCACACAAACCUCUAAUGAAGAUGAAAUAACAUCAGUUCAGAGCCCAGGAACAAUAAAUCUCAAACAAAAACUACUGCAUAUCUCAGACAUAGAGAAUACUAUGGAGAAGAACCAAGUGCAGGCUGACAAUGACCUCAGCAUCUCAGAAUCUGUCUUAAGGUGUAUGCAAACUACAGGUCACCUGGAUACCACAUAUGUCCAGAUUGACGGUGAAGAACACUCCAAAUCACUCACCCAAACUAAAAAAGACACAUUCAGUGAAGGGCAGGAGAAAGUGGCUCAAGCAGUCAUUAAUCCUGACAACCAGGACACCUCCCACAACCAUGGGGCCCACAUAUUACAUACGAUACAAAUGCCUAAUAAAAAUGACAUCCAAACUGAUGACGAAAACACUCUUCUGAAAUCGAGGGGUGCAGAGCCAUUUAAAAAUCUCCACAAAGCAGAGCAAUAUGAGACUGCACCACAACAUGGCAUUGGCAGAUACACUGAGGUAGGACAAAGAUACACGCUAAAUAUGCCAAUCAUUACAAAUGGUCAAGAUGCUACAAGUGUCACUACUGAACAGCACAGACCACUUAUCUCCACAGAGUUCACAAACAACCCAAAUGAAGGAAGUAAAGCUGAAGCAGAGGGGGAGACUAACGAUACGGAAACCGAAUCAAUGAAUGAAUUACACAGGGAUGGGAAUUUAAUUGAUAAAGUCAUUGCACAGCCAGUCAUAGGUUCAGGUAUUUCUGAAGUUCAAGCAGAAACCCUGGAUGACAGGAUCCAACACUCAUUUCCACCAUUAGAAGACAUCAUAGUGCCUACUACAGAUUCUGACCCAACUCAAGUCCAACUUCCGGGACGUACAUCACCCACCCAGUUGGCAAAAGCAAAUAUGAAAGAAGAGAGCGGCAAGAUUGAGACACAGAAAGAAUCGAACAAACAGUACUGUGAUGGAGAAUCAACAAAACAGACAGCUGUGGGUGAAAAUAUGUGUGAUGGAGAAGACCAGUCUGAGCCUUGGAGUGAUAUGACGUUACCUGACUGUGAUGAUGCAACAGCCUCUCAUCCAGUGGGCCGUUGCACAGGUAGCACUGAGAACAUGAGUGAGGAGGCUAACAUUUGUGCCACUGAUUCAAUGAUUCAUGCUUCAACCUGUCAAGAAGAGACAGAUAUCAACAGAGACUUGUUUAUGACAGACCGCCACAUUCAGAAUAAGCCAGAUGAAGGUGAAUUUGUAAGUCUGGAGAAGGGAACUGAGGCAGUAACUAACGACUAUGAGUUAACAGAGAAUGAACAUAAAGCAUAUCAUGACAAUGCAAAACAGUGUGAUGGGGACUACAGCUAUUUCAGUGCUGAUUCAGUUUGGAUUGCCAAUGAUGCCAAUCCUGUCUCUGAGAUGGAGCAGGUAAACAGUGAGGCAGGAGAAGCAGAUGCAGACGCAGAAGCUGAAGAAAGUGAUGAUGACAAAGAAAGUGAACAAGGGAAUAAACUGACAGAGAAUGAACAACCCAAUGAAAUACCUGCCAAACAGCAUGAUGGUGUGGAGGAAGCAAGCAGCCAGAUAACAGAGAGAUAUGAGUUGGGUGCAGUGGACCUGGAAUCAGAACAUGCAGGAACACCUGAGGAUGACCCAUCAGAAGGGGACGAGAGCUCCUUGAUAGUAGAAGAGGGGGGGUCAGAGUCAGCUGAUAACUCGGCAGAAUCUGUGUCCGAUGAUGAGAUGGAGCUGUACAUGCAUGCCCUGAGAGCAGCUCAGAAAUCUGCACUCAGAGACUCAGCCAGCCCUGGAAAGAGAGAAAGCCCUGUUUUCAAAAGGUCCUCUGUGAGUAAGGCAGGCGGGGCAUUGCCAUGCAUUACUGAAUCCAUAGAUGAAGAUGAUCAACUCACUGUUGCACAGACUGAUGAACAAAAUCUAAAGCAACCACAAGCGGUCAGAAGCCCAGCCCCACAGCUUGCCCACGAAGAGGCAAACACUGCUACGGUUGACUGGACACAGAGUCUAUCUGUUGAAAAUGCCUCUACGGUGCUCAUAUGCAUGUUGAUGUUUGUGGUAUUCAUAGUUACGGCAUACUAUUAUGACUUUUUGGCUUGCUUUGUUCUCUACAUAUUUACUGCAUACUGGCUAUGUUGUCAAAAGAAGACAACACAAAUAAAAUAAAAUAUUUUAGCAAAGAUAUUUUCAUUCAGCAUGAAACCUUUCAGUGAGAUGUACAUCACUCCAAUAUUUUACUGGAUUUCUUAUUAGCUAAGGUAUUGCCUGUUGACUUCAAUAAAUCUGAAUGUGUCCUGCAUAAGCACGUA